GCGGGCGAAGGCGGGAGCGCGCGGGAGCCGCGGGCGGGCCGCAGGAAACAUGAAGGUCAUCACUUGUGAAAUAGUGUGGCAUAAUAAGGAGCCGGUUUACAGCUUGGACUUCCAGCAUGGAGCGGAUGGGAGGAUCAAUCGCCUGGCCUCGGCAGGGGUGGACACAGCCGUGAGGAUCUGGAAGGUGGAGAAGGGCCCGGAUGGAAAAGCCAUCGUGGAGUUCCUGUCCAACCUGGCACGCCACACCAAGGCCGUGAACGUCGUGCGCUUCUCUCCCAGCGGGGACAUCCUGGCCUCGGGAGGGGACGAUGCUGUCAUUUUGCUGUGGAAGCUGAAUGACAGCAAAGAGUUGGAGCCGAUGGUUUUUCAGGAUGAAGAUGAAGCUCAGCUCAACAAGGAGAACUGGGCAGUCAUUAAAACUUUGAGAGGCCACUUGGAAGAUGUGUAUGAUAUUUGCUGGACCUCAGAUGGAAAUUUCAUGGCAUCUGCCUCUGUGGAUAACACAGCAAUCAUGUGGGAUGUCAAUAAAGGACAGAAAGUUUCAAUAUUUAACGAGCACAAGAGUUAUGUCCAAGGAGUGACCUGGGAUCCUCUAGGCCAGUAUAUUGCAACCCUGAGUUGUGACAGGGUCCUGCGAGUUUACAGCACCCAAACCAAGCGAGUGGCCUUCAAUGUCACCAAGAUGCCAUCGGGGUCGGGAGCUGAAGGAGAGGUGAGGAGCUUUCGGAUGUUUCACGAUGACAGCAUGAAGUCGUUCUUCCGCAGGCUCAGCUUCACUCCUGAUGGCUCCUAUCUGCUCACUCCAGCUGGCUGUGUGGAAUCAGGAGAGAACGUUACAAACACCACCUAUGUUUUCUCCAGAAACAAUCUUAAAAGGCCCGUGGGUCACCUGCCCUGUCCUGGCAAGGGCACUCUGGCUGUUCGCUGCUGUCCUGUGUACUUUGAGCUGAGAGGAGCCUCUGCUGAAGAUGAAAUCAGUCCCAAAUCCCCCCCUGCCCUGUUUAACCUCCCCUAUCGAUUGGUGUUUGCUGUUGCUUCAGAAGAUUCUGUGCUUUUCUAUGACACUGAGCAGUCCUUCCCCUUUGGUUAUGUCUCCAACAUCCAUUACCACACCCUGAGUGACAUUUCAUGGUCCAGUGAUGGAUCCUUCCUGGCCAUUUCCUCCACGGAUGGGUACUGCUCCUUUGUCACCUUCGAGGAGGAUGAGCUGGGAGUGCCCCUGAAGGAAAAGCCCCAGAUCCACGUCAGGACUCCUGGAGCAGCAGCAGACAAGAAAGCCAAGAAGAGCCAAUCCCACAAAGUGAUUUCCCCAGGCUCCAGGCUGGCAGAGGGGACCCCUCCCAGCAAGGAUCCCCCACUGCAACCCCGAACCCCCAGCACUGCUGGGAAGGAGCUGCCUUCCACCCCUGUGGGCAUCAGAAGCACUCCAGUGCCAUCCCCUCCCACCCCUGUGGGCAUCAGAAGCACUCCAGUGCCAUCCCCUCCCACCCCUGUGGGCAUCAGAAGCACUCCAGUGCCAUCCCCUCCCACCCCUGUGGGCAUCAGAAGCACUCCAGUGCCAUCCUCAGAGGAAGGGAGAAGCAGCCAGGCAGGCACCCAGAGCAGCAGAGCCCCCCAGCCCAGGAGGGUCACCCUCACCACUCUGCAGUCCUGUUUCAAAACACCCAGGAGAAUAAACUUGAUUUCCUUGAAGCCAGACACCCCAGCCUCUGCAUGUCCAGCCCCAGCCCCCAUCCCUCCGUCCUCAGAACAGGAACACGAGAAGCCAUUGCCAUCUGAUGAGAGCCUCCAAGCUCCCCCAGCCCCAAAACGUGCCAGGACUGAGGAAUUGUCCCUUCCAGCACCUGCUGGAGACCAAACCAGCUGUGAGUCCAACAAAUAAAGGCUGAGCAGACCCCUCACAGCCUGAAGUCCAAGCAGCCAUGUCUGAGUGCAUUUCUUUUUGCUAAAAUUCAAUCCUCAAUUCCAAGUUCCCUGUGCAUGUUUGAUGUAGAAACAUCAACAUUUCUGUGAAGAAACUGCCAGUAGAAGACCCAGGUUUGAGGAACGUGGUUCUGCAGCAGGAGAAAUAGUUGGGAAGUGACUUCAAGAAUAAGGAAAUCAGGGAAAUCUGGGGAUUAAAAAUCCAUCCAGUAAGCUGUGAGUCUCCAUCAGAGUCCCUAAAUCCAUGUUUAGAAAGCAUUUUGUCUUCCAGUAACUGUCUGGCAAAAAGAAUCCAAUGCAUUCAUAAGAUUUGAUGUGGCUCAGGACCUAAAAAAAGAGGAAAUUGUGUCAUUCCAGCCUUUUGGUUUAUUUCUGGUGUAAAAUGAUGCUCCCCAGUAGCUGUGGGGUGGAGCUGAUUCUCUCUGAAUGCAGCAGCAAAGCUCAGGACUGGGAUGUGGAAGCAGAAAUGGGAAGAUUUAACUGCAAGGAACAAGAAAGCAAAAGGAAAAAAUCCUCUGAAGAGCUGCUGGAAGAAUGAAACAGCAGGAAGUUCUUCCUGUUUAAUUUCUGGCCUUAAAAAAGAAAUGCAGGUGUCAGAUUUUCCUGAGGCAGCAGAAUUUGGGUGUGUAGAUUGAAAUUUCCCCCUUCCUUUUUCCCAACUUAACUCCCUUAGCCAAUAAAACACAAUCCAGUGGAUGGGAAACUUCUACACCUAAAAUUUCUUUUUAGCAUUUAAUACUUCAUAAAAGCAGAAAUACAAAUACUCCAGAAGUGACUCACAAAAGUCUCACAGGGAGGAAAUAUUAACAAACACCUCUGUCAGUCCUUCAGGCAAAUGAACUCUUGCCUCCAAUUAAAUUUCAACAAUUAAUAAGCAGAAAGUUAUAGGAAGCUUGAUGAGAUCUUUGUUGUCUCACUGUGAUGAGGAUGGGUAUUCAUUAGACUUAAUUAAAGCUGGAUUUUCUUCUAGUGAAGAAUUACAAAGAGAUCAUUCUUACAUUUCUUGGGUUUCAAGUGGGUUUUGCAAUUUUUCAGAUGGGUUUCAAACAAUUCUGUAACUUUUUAGCUGGGUAAGGAUUCAUGACUGUCUUGUUCCUAGAAAGACUUUUUGCUGUGUAAUAAUGGUUCCUUUUGAAACAGCCACACCUUGUGCUCCUGUGCUGUUGAAGUUUUAAUUUUCAGCUACCCAGCUAUCAGUAUUAAUUUAUUUUGUCAUUAAUUAACCACUGCCUUCUGGUCAAAAUUUGCUUGAUCCUUGCCCAUGGAUUCCAAACAGACUCUGUGUUUUUUCUGCACAUUCCCUGUGUUUGUAUGAACUUUGUUAGCAA